AUUCGUGUAGAAUAAAGAUUUAUUGUGCAUGUAUAGUACAAGGACAUCGCGACAAAAUCGAGCAAAUUCAGCAAACGCAAGUUAACUGUCCGGUGAUGCAAAGCAUAAGGGUACAGGUCGCAUGAUGUUCGUGAAUAAACGAAUGUAUUAAUACACAACUGACGUCAGCCGGGUUCAGGUGGGGCCGCGGCUGGCGGACGCGGUUGCGCGCACGUCCCAUUCCGAGGGUUUGCGAGUGAGCGCGUGUUGACAGUCAGACGCGAACGACUCCCAGUCAUGAUGUCCGCUGCUGCUGCUGCUGCCGCCGCCGCCGCCGCCGCCGCACAGCAAAACAACAACGAAGAACCGGGGCUCAACGAUCGCCUCUCUCCUAUGAGGUCUAACGCUUGUGGCGUCACAGGGUCCUGGGUGGAGCUGGAGAUGAAUGGGAACACGGGAGUGGCCCACCCCCCGAGCAGCAGCAAUGGGAAUGAAGGCGAAGACGAGCACAAUGGUGGAGGGCUGGAACAUGUCCCUUCCUCCUCCUCCAUCCACAAUGGGGACAUGGAGAAGAUCCUUUUGGAUGCCCAGCACGAAUCCAGCCAGAGCAGCUCCUCCUGUGACAGCCCUCCACGGCCCCACAGUCCUCAGGACGAGGGACAGAUUACCUUUGACGUGGAGAUGCACAGUGGCAGAGACAAUGGCAGCACACAGUCGGAGGAAGAGGGACUAGAAAAGGAGAGAGAAGAUGACAUUCUGAUGAAGAAGAGUGCAGACUGGGUAGCAGACUGGUCUAGCAGGCCAGAGAACAUUCCACCCAAGGAGUUUCAUUUCCGACACCCAAAGCGCUCCGUGACCCUCAGCAUGAGGAAGACUGGAGCAAUGAAGAAAGGGGGCGUCUUUUCAGCCGAGUUCCUCAAAGUCUUCAUCCCCUCACUCCUUCUUUCUCACAUCCUGGCACUGGGGCUGGGAGUCUACAUUGGGAAGAGACUGACAUCCCCAUCAGCCAGCUCUUUUUAAGUGCCUGGGAUCCGUCAAGUUGUUAAAUGUCAGUUUGUACAACAAAUGCCCUUUCUCUUUCUCUCCCAACUCAAGCAUGACAUUAGUCAUCUCUCACCCAAAAAUAUUAUCCAUCUUUCUGAGAGCACUGUUCAUGAAUAGGGGUGGAGAUGAGAGGGUUUAUCACAAGCCUUUUAUCAUAUUGCAGUCUUUUCUCUUCUCAUUCUGUCACUCACACCCUGUUUAUCCUUGGUCAUUUUUUCAUAUCUUUUUUAGAAUUGUAUUUGUUAGUUUUAUUUCUUGCUUCCUCUUUUGUGAUAUUUACAGGUGUGGAGAUGAGAACAGACUUCUGUUAAAAAGCUUUUUGAUGCAUUUCAGAAAUCCCAGCUGCAGGCUUUUGAAUGUGAACUAAUAGCACAUACCGGAUGUUUCAAGCUUGUUACCCUUCUUGGAAUAAUUUUACAGACUUGAAGUUUAAAUAAUAUGUUUUAAUUUCCGUUUCAUCUGUAUAAUGUGCACAGUAAGUUGCAACUCAAGACACCUGAAAUGGAUCAAACGUCUCUGCAUGUGCAGUCCUGUUUCUGUCAUAUUUUCAAUUUCAUCUUGCAGAUGAAUGUUAGGAGAUGCCAUUCUGGAGUGACAUCUGGAUCCCCACAGUGCAAAAUGCCUAUUGUAUAGAAGAUGAAUAAUUUGCGUGGGAUUACAAAUUAAUACAUAAAUGAAGGAAAAAGAAAACAUUAACAAGAUUUGGCCGAGAGUGAAGUAACCUAUAAGCUAAAUCUUAUAAAAAAUAUUAAUUUUUUAAUAUGAGAAAUCUACCCUUACUUUUAUUAGAUUUAUUAAGAAAUAUAAUUUCUUUUGUAAGGUUGGUUUGAGACAGUUGAAAAAUACAAUGUGAUGAAACUCCCUUUUAUUUUCCAGAUUUUAUAUAUUUUUUUACAUAUAAGCAGUGGCCCAAAGUCAUGAUACAACAUUUGAGGAGUUCAAAUAGCAAAGUUAAAUUUUCUUAAUGGAAAACUGAAGAUGAAUCAAAUUGAAAAACACACAUCUUAGUAAGAUCAUGCACUUUAAAAUAUAUAUAAUCUUAUAUUCACACUUCUCAGUAAAGGCUUCCUUCAUCCUUUUGUUAGGUGCAUGUCAUGGCUAUUUCACAGGGAGGGAUCAGAAAAGAUGUUACUACGGAACAGGCCUUCCUAAUGUCUAUUCCUCAGAACUCCACUGUGUUCUGGUUUUCAUAACAAAUGAGCUUUUAGUUACUUAAUCAAACUCUUCCAUGAACUGAUUGUUCGAUUAGUCAUUGUGCCUCCAGUAGUUGGUAAUGUCACAUGACAAUGUUAAGGAAAUAUUAUGAAAUAUACAACUGUUCAGGAGGUAAAAAGUAAAAUGGUCUUCAGAUUAGGUCUGCCAUGGGUUUGAUUGGGUUAUUGAGAGCUCAGCUGGAAUUGAAAACCUGGGCCUCUAGAAAUAGGCAGACCUGAUGACUUGAAAGAAGGUUUUGCUGACUGUAGAAGCACUCCUGUAUGGUUAGAAUUUUGUGCUUAGUGCAGGGAGAGCUGUCAGCAGAAAAUGUUUAUUAUGGGGGUUCCCUUAGAUAUUAAUGAAAACAAAGGAACGGAGGUUGUUGAAGCUGUCCCUUUGUAAUUGUAGCAAUGAACCGCACAAUAUAACUUGUAAGCACUUGAUUUUAUGUUUAGCUUUUGAAUCAAAUUUUCAAAGUACAUUAAAAGUAAAAAUGUGAA